CUCACAUCGUCAUACAUCCGGCCAUUCAUUCAGUCAACAUGAAUUUGGCCAAUCCAUCCAGUCAGUCAGUGUGUCGUCUACUCCUCGAUCUACUCUACAGUCUGUCUGUCUGUGUCAGUCGGUCGGUCGGUCUGUGUGUGGGCAGCUGGCUCAGGCUCAGAGGUACCAGGGGAAGGUGGCGAGGGCGUCGGUGGGCGUCUUGAGCUGCAGAUUCUCCGCGACCUUACGAGCACACACCUCCGCCAUCUUGACCACCGCUGGCACACGGAUCGGACCUGAUCGAUUGACAUUCACACACACACACAGUGAGAGAGAGCGAGAGGGCAGGAUGUGUGUGUGUGUCUGUGUGUGGCACUGGUUGGUUGCUGACCGCUCCAGUUUUGGUACAUGGUGCUGAGCUGCAUGGUCAGGUUGGUUGUUUGGUCGACGUCGAGGCCCCAGCGAUCCAUGUGCAGCACCUCAUACCUGUUUGUUUGUUUGGUUCCACACAGGCAGGCAGAGCAAAAACCCACACACGCACAGCGUGUCUCUCUCUGCCUCUCUGUCUGUCUGUCUCUGUGUGUGUGUUGGUGGUCACUUGGUGGGUGUGAUGGUGCCGCUCGUGACCUGCUGAUGGCAGCCGUACCAGACGUACACUCCCUCGUCGGCAACACCUGAUUGAAAUGCACACACACACACACUCCACUCACACACAGCAGUCACCUCAGCCCCCAUCCACUCACUACUGAUUUACCUUUGUCGAAGACGGAGAGGGGCGGGGGGUUGGACAGCUGGUUGCCUUUUGCCGUGGCGAACCUACACACACAAAAACACAAACACAAACACAUACGCACACAUACACACACACACACAGAGAUGGGUGGGGGUCUCUCUCCCUCUCCCUCUCCCUCGCUCUCUCUCUCCGUGUGUGUGUGUGUGUGUGCCUGGUGUUGGUCUGUUGUGUGGUGAGUAUGACGGCGAGCUCUGGUUGCUUGUCGCCGCAGGCCUGCUCGAGGCCGGUCUUGAUGGCGGGAAUCUCGUACUCGGUUGCAGCGACCUUCUGCCCUUCCCCCAGGCCGGUGCGGUAGAUGAUCAUGCGCUUGACGCCGAUGUUGUUGCGCUGCUUGAACGUCUCACACGCACCCGAUUUGAUUAUAUGCACAGAGAGAGAGAUGCAUCCUGUGUGUGUGAUGUGUGGGCUUGUGAUGUGUGUGGAUACGAGAGAUGAAGUUGGUGAGUGCUCCGGCCAGGUCCAUCUCAGACGAGUACACCUGCGACACUGAACCACACACACACACACACACACACAGAGAGACAGAGAGGGAUCUGUGUGUGUGUGUGUGUGUGUGUGCGGCUGGCUGUGGGUGGUUUACGUGUGAAGUGCUCGAUGAACAGGUCAUCGACCGUUGCACACAGCGACACGAUCGUCGAAUCUGCACACACACACACACACACACGCACACACACGCACACACACACGUGCCUGUCUGUCUGUCUCUGUCCUUUGUUUGUGUGGCCUCGACUCACUGACUCACUGACUGACCUUUGCUCUUGCGCGAGUCGACGCCGAUGGCCAUCAAGGGCUUGCGCCCCUUGACGUUGAGCCCCCACGCAGCGCCGCCCACCUUGCACACGAUCUGCACACACACACACAUGGAUGGAUGUGUGUGUGUGUUGAACGGAUGGAUGUGUGUGUUGGUUGACCUGACCUGCUGGACGACCUUUUGACAGGCUGUUUGCCACUUGUUGCUGGCCAGCGUCUUGCUCUGCACGCACUGCGCCACACACGCACACUGGCUGCCCUCGCACGUCAGCAGCUGCUUCAACCCCUGAACACACACACGCACACACGCACACAGCCGCGUCAUUUCUCUCUCUCUCUCUCUCUCUCCGUGUGUGUGUGUGUGUGUGUGGUGUGGUUUGGUUACGUACGUUGUAGAGUUGUGUGACGCUUGUUGUCUUCCCUUUGGAGUUGGGGAGGAGGCAGACCACGCACUGCGCUCCGCUGAUUUCCUCGACGAGGGUCUGGUGGUCGGCCAACAUGGCGCUCAGCGACUGGUUGAUCAGCCACUUGGGCGGCUCCCAGUCGCCCAUGCCGAGUGCUAAACACACACACAUCCACACACACACACACACACAUGAGAUGAGUGAAUUUGGUGGGCGGGGCGUGUGUGUGGCCACGUACACACACACUUACACGUCGCAGCGGCGUAGAUGUCCCUUGCCAUUUUCUGCGCUUGUUGGGCGUCGCUCUUGUCGGCCAGCACAACCCAUUUCUCGAGCUUGAUGGGCUUGAGGCAGCCCUUGGGGAUGAAGUUGAACGAGUCGCCGCGCAAAGCAUUGCCACCUUGUAAAUUGUUGACACACACACACAGACACACCAAUCCAUCCAUCCAUCCAUUUAUGUGUGUGGCCACUGUGUCGCUGACUGUUCUUGAGUGCGUCCUCGUUCUUUCCCUUCCUCGGCGCCUUCAGCGUCUCGAGCGUGUUGGGGCGGUCGUAGUACUGACCAUACACACACACACACAUGUGUCUGUGGCUGUCUAUGUGUGGGUGGGUGCGGUGUGUGUGUACGCGGAACGAGUUGGCGUUGUCUCCGUCGUUGAGCUUUCUGCCCGUGACGCUCUCCUUGGCGUCGCAGAUUUCGAGUUUGAAUUUGUCCAGCACGGCCUUGGCGUUGGGAUUGUCACGCAGCACCUCGACGAACCGAUGAGCACGCUUCAGCCGAUCGUCUACACACACACACACUCACACACACACUCAUCCAUGAGAUGGAUGGAUGUGGCCUCUCUCUCUCUCUCUGCGUGUGUGUGGUGUCUCUCUCGCCCACCAGGGGUCAUGCGGCAGGCCUUGCCAACCAGAUCGUUGAUCAAGUGGUCGUUGCGAAUCGUAUGACCAUACAU